AUGGAUUGCUUUAUGCAGCAGAUGUGCGACGCCCUUCAUGACGGGUCUCUGGGCAUCGAUCUAAACAUUGAUCUUGGGCAAGUGAAUAGUGUUGAGUCCACCGUCCCGUAUUCAGGUUACCCUGCAGAUGUCGCGAUGGAAAGGCCAGCUGAGGAUGGAGCCUAUCAUGAUGCAGGUUUCGAGGAGAGGGGGUGUGCUCCUGUACCAAGCUUCUCGAAACCCGAUGCUGGCUUAUUAGCUGACAUGCUGGCUGAACAGACUACCAGAGGAACCGAGAGACCAUUCUUUGGGAGUGAUUCAUUCACAUCACCAUUCAUUGGGAUUAGCCCAAUAUCGAUUCCUGGUAUAUCUAGCUUACCUCGGAGUGACGGGCUCGCGGGUACGCAUACGAUUUAG